AGUCGGUAGCUGUGGAGGCGUGACCGAAGGAUGUGACGUCCUCCCUGGACAGGAGAUUGUACCAUAUCCCGUACAGGCUGCUCGUUAGUGUUGAUGUUCGUGGAGGAUUACAGCAAGUAGCGGAAUGGACAGAAGCCGACAGUGAGACUCAGAGGUGCCACAUUGUCUUAAAAACACUAGAAACAAGCAUGGAUUUAACUUCUGUGAUAUUCGCUGCUAUUUUCACGCUCCUCGCACUUGUGAUCGCGACGUCGUUUCUGAAAGGCUCCUCGUCCAAAGUCAACUCUGCAAACCCGCGGCGAUGUUCAGGACAAGGUUCAACCGGAGGAUUAGAUCAACCAGAGCCGAAGCAGAACGGCCACAUACCGGAGAAGGAGGAGAAGACGGAGUCGGUGGAGGAGGACUGGUGUGACAUCAGUGGGAGCUCCCACGAUCACUGGGAUGUAGUGAAAUCAGUGCUUUCAGUAAGUCACCUGCCUCCUAUACUCCAUGUACACAUGAGGGGUCGUUUGUGUGUUUGUUUUUGUUUUUAAUUAGGCUGCUUAAUAACCCCAAUCUGUUGAAAUGACCCUCUAAAACUCUUCAUCCAAACACUGUAAACACUGCCCUGAUGAAAUGGAUCAAACUAAAGUCAGAUGCUUAUGAACUUAUCUGAUAAACUCAUGAAAUCAAGAUUAAAAAGGGGACCCUGGAGGAAAUAAUGAAACUUUAAACCCCUGGUUUAGAGUUUAACAUUUCAUUUUAACAAAGACAUGUGAGGUGAAGUUAAAAUAGUCUACUCUGCUAAAUAAAUAUCAGCCAUUUAAUUAUCGUUUUGCAUUAAUGUGCUGCAACUGUUAUAAACUGCUUAAUCGGUGAUAUUUCAUUGUUUUAUUAUAAGAUGGUUACAGUUUUAUACCAUGAAAAAGACAACACUGAAGUCUGUUAUGGCAGAUGUGGUCCCCCCAGACCUUCUCAGACAGAUGUGACUCUGAUUAGAUUCAGUUAAAACAGUGUAAUUAACACGAGACAUGAAUGCUACACUGGUUCAGGGUGUUCAUAUGGUGUUUAAGUUACUUGUUAUAAUGUGCCACAGCAUUGUAAGUAGUAACGUCCAUGUAAACAGCAUGAAUGCAUGCAUUAACCUUUGAACUAACCAGGGAUGGCUGCAGCCAGAUGAGAAAUGUUAUAAUUUAGACCUUAAGCUUCAGCUGUACAGGCUCUGGGGGAAGUUCUGCAUUUCGUUAUAAGUCCAAAUGAAACUUCAGCAAAAGAGAAAACCUGCAGGUUUAAGUUGGUUAGAUGACACAAGUCCGGUUUACCUUUGGAAAAAUUGCCAUUUGUUGACAAAAUAUAAAACAAUUAAUAAUAAUAAUAAUAAUAAUAAUACAUUUUUUAUAUAAUGUGCUUUUACAGGUGCUCAAAGACGCCUUAUAAAGAAAAAGAAGAGAAUAAAAAAUAAAAAAAAACAAUUUAAAAUAUAGAAAAUUUUGAAAAUUAAACCCAUGAUGUAAAAGGUUAAGAAAAAAAAGACAUGAGAUAUGAGAAAACAAUAACGAACAGUUCACAGGUUAAAAGCCAUUUUAAAAAGGUGUGUUUUUAAAGUGUGGGGGUCUGUUCAGUCUCGGAUGGGUUUGGGGAGUGAAUUUCAGAGGGUGGGGGCGGCAACGGAGAAGGCUCUGACACCAAUUGAUGAUAUAAUGAAAAUAGAAUGGAGCAAAAUAUUCAGUAAUCCCCUUUUAGUUGAGCAAAAAGCUCCAAACUGAGAUGUGCAAUUCUCUAAAAGUUGCAAAGAUACUUUGUUCUCAAGUUGGGCUAAAUUGCUGUCAAUAAGUAAAACAAAGAAACCAGUUUUAAUCUUGUUUUUGAUUUAAAAAAAGGCCACCAAGUGUUGAAGGAUAACUGGGAGGAUUUGGGGUCUUCUCUCAGCACUCUGGUAGCUGUUCUGGAUACCUGGGUGUCUGUUGGUGGAUCAUUAAAUUAGACCAAACAGAGAAGUGUUAGAGGUGGAAUUAGCUCCCAAGAGAGCAAGCUAUGAAACAAAUACCUAGGGUUUAAAAUCCCUCACACCUGUGAGAUCAGAUCAGCGUCCAGGUGAGGUGAGAAAAACAAACAGCACAAGCAGGUGAACUGAUUUGUUUGGAGCCGUCUCUUGAGAUGAUUGCUUGGGCAGCAGUUUUUUAAUCCUAACCUUGCUGGAGAGACACACACGUCCCUCCAGUCUGACAGAAAUGAUAGCGUGUUACACAUCAAACAUAAGGAGACACACCACCAAGCUCACAUUGCAGAGCUGGCACCACCAGCUGAGCUUCUUUGCUCCAUCUCCAUGAGCUUAGAGGUAAACUCGUCAUCUGAGGCCCUAUCAGGGAGAAGCUGCAGGUGCACCUGAAAACUGAGCUCCUAACAUGUGUCCUCUUUCACCCACAGACUGAAGAAGCCACCGAGAGCCCAGACAUCGACGGUGAGCUCCUUUAUACGCAACACAGUCUGUUCGUAAUGAAAGUUUCUCACGCAAAUCUAACCGGCAUCUGUUUGGAUCCUUCAAUCAGAUGAACUGGAGUCAAGUGAACUCGAUUCCUUGAAAUACGUCCCUGGGAAGGCGAGAUCCCACCACCUGCAAAUGAUGAUGUCCACGGAGGAGCUAGAGGAGGAACAGAGGUCAGUAAAACCUACAGACAUUGGGCCCACAUUCAGACUAUAGUUCUCAUCACAGGGAUCACUAGUUCAGCUCCCAGCUAUGACCAUUUGCUGCUCGUCUUCCUUCCCUAUCUACUCUUCUCAUUUCCCGUCUUUCUGGCCUAUCUGGUACUAGAAAAGCACUCGGAGUGUCCCCCCUUAAACAAGAAAUGCCCUGACCAGGAUUCAAACCCAGGUCUUUCUGGUUGUGAGGCGACAGUGCUAACCACUACACCACGGUGCCACCUAUCUACACCACUGCGCCGACCAUUGGUUAUCUUUCAGCAUUGAAAAUUCCAACAACACCCUUAUUUUUGUGUGUUCUGGAUCACAGUAUCCUGAAUUUUGUCCGGAUCACCACCAAAAUUUAAUGGCUGAGACGCACCUCUGGUGAAAAUUUCAGGUCAAUCUGUCUGUUACUUUCUCCGUAAAGUUGCUAACAGACAAACAAACAAACAAACCAACCAACGCUACCGAAAACAUAACCUCCGUGGCGGAGGUAAACAACAAUAGUCUUUGUCAUUCACAUUGAAAUCUAAACUCCGACUGGUCUAAAGUGAAGAAAACUUUAAACAAAGCUCCAGCCUCAGUUAGUUUCCUCAUUGUGCUGUCAAUCACCUGGUCCGACACCUACCUCCUCACAGAGGUUUCAGACACUGGAAAUGAGAACAGAGGAAAUUUCAGCCGUGUUGCUGCUUUUGAAGGUCAUAAAGACACGCUCGUAUCAGUUUCAGUCAGUUAAUUAAUCAUGUAGAUAAAAACUCCUCACAGUACCUUUAAAAGACAUAUUGAUCGAACACAAUCUGCAGGUUUCUCAUCAGAAUUUGGUGCUCAAAUGUCUCACACACAAACUUAGAAACAACUGAAAAUCCUUGCUCCGGUAUGAUUCAGGUCCCGUUCUUCAUGUUUCUGCUCCACUUUCUCUCUUCUUCCCUCUUUCAAAUCUCCUCUUCGCUGUCUUCACGUGUGUUUGUGUAUGCGUGGCUUCUCGCCCACGUUUAGCCGUCAUGUUACUCAGUCCUCUUUGGGUUGGUCUGAAUAAGUCCAGAUUAAGUCUCUGCCAGGAGCAACAUGAGACUUAGAAACAGCUCACACUUGACUGUUUGAUUCUUUUUAGCGCGUAAACGAAGAAACAAAGAAGUUCAGUUAUUGCUCGGAACAAACUCUUCUCACGCCUUUCCUCACACCAAUUUGAGAAGACAAACUUUUUGCAUCAUCAGCAGCAUUUUGCGCCUCCUCAGCUCUCCUCAGGUGGCCGUGAUAUAACAGCGCGGUGUCACUGACCUGAUCCCAACCCCCCCUGCUGCCUCCAUUAGCCCACUUUAGAUGUGUGACUUACAGGCAGCGCAGCAGGUGUUGAUUAGGGCCUGCGGGUCAUUAUGUCCCACAGGGGGGGUGUUCGUUAAUCCUCUGAGGCCUCUGCUCUGCCCCACCACAAGAGGGAGCCAGUGUAGCACAGGACGGUGAUCUUCAAAAUCACUGCAUUUACACAGUGAAGGGUUAACUGGAGGUUGGCUUCAAUAGGAGGAGCAUGUCACCCAGAAAAGUGAGGCCAAGAGGAGAAACAGCCGGGAUAUUAUUCAUGAUUGGACUAAAUUGAGGAGCUUAUUUCUAAAUAGUAGAUAGUCUGGUCUGAUAUUUUGGUCAGAUUAAUGCAGCAAAGUUUUGAUCAUUUGUUCAAAAAAAGGCCAAACUGUCUGACUGACUGUGCCACAGAGACUAACAACCUGUUUUUACGUUAUAUAUAUACAGCCACGAAUAAUGAGGGUGCAGGGAUGCUGUGUAAACUGCAGAAAAAAGCAGAUUUUGAUGGUUUUAAAAUGAAUUAAAAUCGGCGUUCUGAAGAGGCUGAAGCUGUCAUUUGUAAAGAUAUGAGGUCCUUCACCACUCUGUGAGAGACAGUCUGAGUAAAUAAGAUAAGAUAAGAUAGGAAGAACAACAUUAUUUUAUUUGACUGUCUGGGUUCUCUUGUCUCGAGUUUGAUGUCGUCUGUUAUUCAUUUUAAGAAUUAAAGGGAUAUUCUGGCAUAAAAUUAAUUUAAGGUCAAACACACCGUAACACAGAGUUAGACAUGCCGGCGAGAGAUGAAUGUUGCCGACCGCUUGCUUCUCUAGUUUUACCAACUCAAGAAACGACCGCACGAUAGCAAUACACAGCGGUCCAAGGAACCAUAAACAAACUUCAACCAAAACGCCACAAAUAAUACUCAGAACAGCACCUAACUUCAUCAACAGUACAUAUAGGGUCACAGCCAUAGUACUAGACACCAAACAUCUUUUUAACUUUGCCUGAUUUCUUUAGCGAAGAGACUAAACACAACUCACCUACUCUCUUCAAACAGCUGCUUGUUUGUAGCGAGACCUCAGGCCAGUCCAUUACGGUCUGCUGCGGGGUGACACAGCUCAAGGAAGAACAUUUAUGAUCAUUACUUUAUAAUUUCCUUGAAUUAAUAAUCAAUAUAUUAAUCAUUUUUCACUGCAGACGCGGUCGUUCUUCGGUCUGAUUGUAUUUCCAUGAAAAAAGGGACAAAGCUGUGAAACAAUACCAGUGGGCUGGGGUUCUGCAUUUAAAACAGAUGACACUUAUGUGGAAACCACCGCAUGGUUUAAAGAUCACUUCCAAAAUGACCCCCUGACAUUACUACUAUAUUCUUUAUGACUCUCUGUUCUUGUAGCACUGUAAUAUUUCCCACACUAAAUCUCACUCAGGCUCACGAUGAUUACCUGGAACGUCAGCUCUGAUUGAUUUCCUGCCGCUGUUAUGGUUUGCAGGGCGGCCCCUGUUGAUGAGAGGGUGUGUGAUUGUUCUGUCUGCACACGGUGAAGGACUUACAACAAAUUCUGUGAGUUUAUCAUCCUCUCUGGCCGCUCCUUUAUUUACUUUCUCCUCCAGUAUGAUGAAAAGUACAGUUUCCUCAGCCCGUCUGAUCAUGACGGCAGAGAUCUGACUCAGCAGAGAUUUUGACAGGAAUUGCGUGAGAUCAAAAACUGAAACCGCAGGAUUCUUUACGGGACUUAGACUUUGAUAAAAGCUAAUCUGUCUGUCUUGUAUCGAUCCACAGUUUCCUUCAGCAGGAACGUUUUUAGUCUAUGUCUUUUAAACUGCCUGUGUUGAAGUGUUAAAAUCAAGAACACAAGAAAAGUAAUAACCGUCCACAGUGUAAUGUGCACUGAUGUUUCCCCUCGCGUUACAGGCGUGCGAACAGCGUCGUUUCUCUCUCACCCAGGAUUUAACACCUUUGGCGUUAAAGUUGUCGUUUCAGCUCAGCUCCCAGUUUUCAAACAGACCAGAGCGUCUGCCUAAAUGAGGUUUUGCACAUUGUUACCUCCGCCAAGGAGGUUAUGUUUUCGGUAGCGUCGGUUUGUUUGUCUGUUAGCAACUUUACGGAGAAAGUAACAGACGGAUUGACCUGAAAUUUUCACAAGGGGUGCAUCUCAGCCCGAGGAGGAUCCCAUUAAAUUUCGGCGGUGAUCCGGACAAAAUUCUGGAUACUGUGAUCCAGAACACACAAAAAUAAGGGUGUUGUUGGAAUUUUCAAUGCUGAAAGAUAACCAAUGGGCGGCACAGUGGUGUAGUGGUUAGCAUUGUUGCCUCGCUACCAGAAGGUUGCAGGUCAGGGCAUUUUUUGUUUAAAGGGAGACAUGAGCUGCUUGGUGGAGGUCUGCACUCUGAGUGCUUUUCUAGUUAUGGGAUGUGUCGACUCAACUCGCAUCCUGAUGUCUGGAAACAAAUUAGGGGCCAGCACACGUAGACGUUUAGAAGGAAGCUUUAAACUGCAAAAGGUUAUACUACGUUCAAAGUUUAUCACGAAAAUCUAGCUGAUAUGUUGUCCAUCUUUUUUAUCUGCUGGUUUUUAUUGACUUUUAUAGACAUGGUUCACAGGGAGAACUGAGAUGCGUUUCUCGUAAGAGCUAAUAUCAGUUUUAAAUCCAGAUAGGAAAUUUGCCAAAACAAGCAAAGGCUUAACAGACUCAUGAUGAGACCUGACAAACAUUAUCUUCAAUUGUCUUCCAAGGGUGCAGCGUGAACAACUGGCAGCCAUCUUCAAACUGCUGAAGGACAACAAGGAGACGUUCGGGGAGGUUUCAGAGGGAGACAUGGAGGAGCAGCUUCGACUGUACUCCAUCUGAAACCCUUCUCCGGCUCCAGAUGUUUGACUGCUUUAACCUGGCGGCGCUGCUCAAGGACUGAUUCAAUACACCAAAGACUUCACUUCAUGUCUGCUCAGUAUUCCACACAGCUCUACGACUCUUAUCCAUGUUUAAAGAUGACAAACUUUUUCAUUAAUCAAAGCAGCUUCAACUUUUACAUGAAGGACUGAAAGGACUAUUAUUCUUUGUUCUUACAGGAUUAAGUGUUUAUUUGUAAUAAAACGUGUUUUUCUUAAUCCCAUCCCUAGUGUGUAAUCCCUAGACAAUCCUUGUGCAUCACUUCUUUAUUGUGUAAUAAAGAACACUAUUGUGAAAGUGCG